AGUUGGCGCUACCCGGACGAGAAGCCAUCCCUCGUCAAGAUGCUGAAGUUGCUGUGUGUAGUUGCUAUGCUCUUCUGCUGUGGACUGGUGUCUGGGCACCACUUCCACAUCCCCCGCUGUCUGCCUAUGUUCGGGAAGUACCCCUUCGACGAGCAGAAGUUGUCCGGCGAUUGGUACGUUGUGUCCAAAGUUUUGCGUCCCAUGAAGUUCCUUGGGAAAGUGACCUGUGAGAAGCUGCACUACUCAGCCGAGGAGGUAGGCAACCUCACGCGCAUACACAUCGAAGUACAUACCAAGCUGGACGACGGCUCCGAGAAGAUUUUCGAGGGCAAAGGACAGGCCAUCAUGCCACAUUUCGCCUCAUCCACUGUUAUGACUUGGAAGUCCUCGGACCACAACAAGUGGCACGGUGUUUUUGGGCACAGUGUUAUCGCGACUGACUACGACUCGUACGCCUUGGUGCAUGGAUGCAAAGAAAUGUAUGAGGAGAAAACCGACGUAUUCGACAAGCUAGUAAUUGACCAAAUCUGGAGUCGAACCAAAAUCAUAGACGAGGGACUUCUGAAGACCCUCAAGUCCUUGAUGAGCAGCUUGGACAUUGCUGACACUGACUGGGAAGACAUUGCCAAUGAUUCCUGCUAGAGGCUUCUGCUUUGAACCGCGCUGCAGACAGCUGUCCUGAUUGUCCCGUCACUGUGUUACAGUCCCAACACAAAUCAGUAUGUAUAUAACCUCAGUCAAAUAAAGUAUAUAUCUGGCAUUA